AUGAAAUUUGUCUUCCAAAGACAGCUAACAGCCCAGCAGCAGAGGGGACCGGCUUCCCAGGAGCUCACCGCCUUGAAGGCAGAGAAUGCCAGUGCUGCCCUGUUGCCUGAGGAUGGGAAGGAGAAGGCAGCACCCGGAGAGGAGCCAACGGAGAGCAGGAGGCUCCUCCAAGGCCAGGAGGAGGAGGAGGAGCACCUGCGGGAUGCUGGCCGGGCAGGGACCGCGAGAAUCACCCAGGACGUUAACAUCCAGGUGGAAAAGGGAAAAUGCCUGGAUCUGGAGGAGCGGUUUGAUGCCCUGAGGAGGGAGCACACAGAGACCCUGCAAGAGCUGCAGAGAGCGCAUGAGCAGGAGAAGCUGCUGCUGGCAGAGUCCCACCACAGGUCCCAGGCAGCCUUACAGGAGACGAUCCAGGUGCUGAAUUCCCAGCUGAAGUCCUUCCAGGAGAGGAUGAAGCGGGUAGAGGCAUCACUCUUGAGCACAGACUACAAGAAGCACAUCCAGGUACAGGGAGAUGCAAGACUGGUGGAGAGGAACCUUUUGCUGGAGGAGAAGGUGAAGACCCUCCAGCAGGAGAACGAGGACCUGCAGGUUCGCACCCAGAACCAUCUGGUCAUGGCGAGGUAA